CCGCAGAGUCCAGACCUUGUGCUGCUUCCAGAACUCUUGGAACUCAUGGUCAAUCAUCACCAGCAGUUUCUGGAGCCCAACAAAGGCCUGCAGAGGUUCCUGGACCAUGUGGACCAAGCCCUGAGGAUGGACUGCAGCCUGCCCCAGCUCCAGCCAGUCUGUGCCGCGACAGUCACAAAGAUUGGGCUGCUUCUAAAGGUUCUCAGUGAGAAGAAAGAGAACCAGGGAGCCUCUGAUCACAUUGACCAAGGCCAUCUGCAAGAGAGUAUCUCCAGACGCAGAGAUUUGGAGGAGAAUGAGGAGCUCACAGAGAAGCCAGAGCCAGAGACCAUGGAUGACACGAUCACAUUCAUUGUAUUGCUGUCCAUCAUCGCAGUCAUUUUACUGACACUGAAGGGAGUCUUCCACGUGUGUUCUCGAUGUGCUGCACCUGUUUGCCGACAGCUACUCAGCAGUCAGUUAUGGCUGAGAAGGUUGUCUCUAAAACUGCAACAGAGAUGGAGGAAGAAGAAGUACAGGCAGGCAGAGGAUGCAGAGCAGGACUUGCCUGAGCUCAGCGAAGCUGAGUUGCUGUUAGUUCAAUACAUCAUGGAUGUCCUUGACAAAGAGGAAGAAGAAUUGCAGAGACAAAUGUGGAAAGAGAACACGGAUGCCUUGCAGGGAGAGACACAGGUGAAAAAUUAGAGUGGGUGAGAGAAGCUUUUCAAGAUGUAGAGAAAAAGAAGACGAAAGAAGCCUAAGGAAAUGCUGUUCCCCAGAGACAAGAUGUUCCGGUCUGGGCCCUGCCCUGCAUCCAGCACCCCAGGAUCUGGACCACUGACUUCAUGACCCCUCUCUGCCGGGGAGGAUGCUGCUGGGUGGGUGCCAUGCUUAGGACAGCCCAAAGUCCUCUGGGGAUUGGGACUGGGGUGUCCCAAGCAGUCACCACAUCCAGGCUACAGAGCUGCAGCCUCCCCAGGGCCAUGACAUCGUGGGGGGGGGCACCCUG